CAGAGGGCGCAUGAACGGGACGUGGGGACUGCUGUACUGAUCCAUUACAAUAAUACGGACAUGUCUGUACCACUGAACUCGAGACGACAGUAUAGACAGUAUAGACAAUAGAUGUUUUCGUCUGAAUGCAGCGCUGGUGUUGCGUGCAAAUCACGUGCAUCUGUGUUCCUUUCGCAGACCGAGAGCUUCUGCAAUUCCAGGAAAGACCAGGAAACCUAAGGACUCCAUACAGGAUUUGUGUCCUAUACACAACAUCGUGUAAAAGUUCAUUCUGAAGCUGCACAAUGGAGAGACUGGUUAAUGUUGCGAAGAACCUGGCUCUGCUGUUUGAGUUCAGGGGCGAUGAAAGCAACACGACCCCACGUACGACAAGUGAUGUAGUGAUGGAAGAGGAAAGAGACGGGAGUCUUCAUACGACGAGUGAUGGAGGGAUGAAAGUGGAAAAAAAUGUAACUCUACAUAUGACAUGUGAUGAAGAGAUGGUAGAGGAAACUCUUUACACGACGAGUAAUGGAGGGAUAAAAGUAGAAAGAGAUGUGACACAAAUUACAACAUGUGAUGGAGUUAUGAAAGAGGAACGAGACACAAGCCUAUAUUUGACAAAUGAUGAAGGGAUGAAAGUGGACAGAGACGUAACCCAAAAUGUGACAACUGAUGGAGGAAUGGAAGAGGAAAGAGACUUGACCCUAGAUACAAUGAGUGAUGGAAGGAUUGAAGAGGAAAAAAAUGCAACCCUACAUACGACAAGUGAUGGAGGAACAGAAGAGGAAAGAGAUGUGACUCUAGACACAAUGAGUGAUGGAAGGAUUGAAGAGGAAAGAGACAUAACCCUACACACGACAAGUAAUGGAGGAAUGGAAGAGGAAAGAGACGUGACCCUAAAUACGACAAGUGAUGGAGGGAUAGAAGAGGAAAGAGAUGCAACCCUACAUAUGACAAGUGAUGAGGGAAUGGAAGAGGAAAGAGACUUGAAUCUACGAAAGACAAGUGAUGGAGGGACAGAGGAAAAAACAUAUGUGACCCUUCCGACAACAAGUACUGAAUGGAUAGAAGAGGAAAUGGAUCCGGAAGGAGAAGCUGAGCUGUACGAAGAGCUCUCUGAUGCAACUUCUGAAACAGAGGACAAUGUGGAGUUCAACCAAGACUACCACUCUUCUGAUGGAGAAGAGUUAGAGGACGAGCCAGAGGUCCCUUUUGACACAGAGGCUGCUUAUCUGUCCAGAAACGGAAAUAUACAGUGGACUUCAACGCAUCCUGAGAAGGGACGAGGGAGAUUACCAGCUCAUCGUGUCUACAAAACGACCCCUGGACCAACCAGGUUGGCAUGUAGCAAUGUUAAAGACAUAAAAUCAGCUUUUGAAUUGUAUUUCCCAGAUGAUAUCAAACAGAUUUUCAUUAAAAUGACCAAUUUCGAGGGCAAACGUGUAUGUCGCGAUACCUGGAAGGAUGUUGACUGGACAGACCUACAGGCCUAUUUUGGUUUGUUGUUUCUGGCAGGCGUGUAUCGAUCCCACCAUGAGGCUGUGAGUAGCUUAUGGCACGGUGAGGCGGGAAGACCAAUUUUUCGUGCUACCAUGUCACUGAAAAGAUUUAUAAGUUUGACAAGGGUCUUCAGCUUUUACAAAAGGGACAAAGAUUGUAGCAAACAGAGAAAAGACAAGAUGGCACCAGUAAGAAAAAUCUGGGAUAAAUGGGUCCAACGUCUGCCGCUCUUGUACAAUCCAGGCCCGAACAUCACUGUGGACGAGUGCCUGGUCCGUUUCAGAGGCCGCUGCCCUUUCAAACAAUACAUGCAGAGUAAACCGGGCAAGUAUGGAAUUAAAAUCUGGGCAGCAUGCGAUUCCAGAUCGAGCUACGUGUGGAACAUGCAGAUCUACACUGGCAAAGCUGCCGACGGCAAGUCAGAAAAGAACCAGGGAAUGCGAGUGGUCCUGGACAUGACGGACGGUCUAGAGGGACACACCGUCACGUGUGACAACUUUUUCACCUCGUACGCCCUCGGCGAAGAGCUGCUCCGGAGGAAAAUGUGCAUGAUCGGAACAGUCAGAUCAAACAAGCCGGAGCUCCCACCUGCGCUCCUGUCAAUGAAGGACAGGCCUCGAUUUUCAUCCAAGUUCGCCUUCACUGACACACACGCUCUUGUGUCCUACUGUCCCAGAAAAAAAAAAAAUGUGCUUUUGAUGAGCACAUUUCACAGAAAUGCCAAAGUAAGUGACAAAGAACACAAGAAGCCAGAGAUAAUCCUAGACUACAACCGUACCAAAGGCGGAGUUGACAACCUUGACAAGCUUGUUGCCACUUACACCUGCCAAAGGAAGACGUCACGUUGGCCCAUGGUGAUUUUCUUCAACAUGUUGGAUGUCUCUGCCUACAAUGCAUUUGUACUGUGGAUGGAAAUUAAUCAUUCAUGGAACAAAGGGAGGAAAUAUAGAAGGAGGCUCUUUCUGGAGGAGCUAGGGAGAGCUCUGGUGGUUCCUCUCAUGCAAAGAAGAGAAACAAUUCCUCGCGCUACAGCCUCUCAGAAUAUGCUGAAGAAAGCACAAGCAAGCUCUACACCAGUCAAAGUCAUUACCCCCUCACCAGUAACCCCAGGCAAGAGGAAAAGGUGUCAGGAUUGUGACCGAAAGAAGGACACAAAAACCAGUGUGACAUGCAGUGCGUGUAACAAAUACAUUUGCGGGGCACACUCUGUUAUGACCACUCACUGCCAAGAAUGCAGCAAGAGGUUUUAAACCGAAGAUUUAACCGCUGCUAAUGUACUGUUUGUUGCCUGGGUUUAUGGCUACUUCUUUUCUUUCCGUUUUCUUCACUAACUUGCUUACCAGUGCAAAAUAUGUAAACUUGUUUUGUUGACUUCUUAUUAGUUUACUGCUUUAGAGUUACUGAAUAUUGAUGUUUUAAAUAAAUGAUAGGCUACAAAAUAAUGCAUACUCUGUCUUUUCAUUGUAACACUCUUUGUGAGUAUAAUAUGGCAUCACUGCAAAA